CAAUAUUCCCGAAUUCGAAACAAACAUUUUGGAAGCCUAUAUGGCUAUAUGCUAUACUAGUCGAUCUUAUAUUAGAGGUGAUGCUCAUAGCAUUUUUGUUCACGCCACACUCUUUUCUCUUCCUUCCUUUCUUCCCCACAUCCAUAUCCCUCCCCAGACCUAACCCAUUACAGGAUUGCAUAGAUUUGUGCCAUGGCUUCUCCGCCAGAUCUCUAAACUGCCUCCAAGAUGCUCUACUUUCGCGAUUGGCUUUGCGAGCUAUGACUCGGUGCCAUUUUUGUUAAUUUUGGGAUUGGGUAAGUUUUGAGAGGUGGAGGCAUGUACAGAGCGCGAAGUGGUGUUGGGUCCAAGUCCGAGGUGGGUUCGGUUGAUCGCAAGCGCAUCAAUGACGUCCUCGACAAGCAGCUCGAACGAUCCUCGCCGUCCACUUCCAGGGCAGUCAAGGCGAAGGACAGUGCGGCGGCGCAAUCCAUUUGGGCUGCUAAACUACCCUAUGAUCACAGGGACGCUCACUCUGCCUCUGUCUCUAAGAACUCCGAUGCCUCUGAUGAGGAAUCUGAAACAGACAGUGAGGCAUCAGAUGUUAGUGGUUCUGAUGGGGAUGACACCUCUUGGAUCUCAUGGUUUUGUAAUCUAAGAGGAAAUGAAUUCUUUUGUGAAGUUGAUGAUGAUUACAUACAAGAUGAUUUCAACCUUUGUGGAUUAAGCAGUCAAGUUCCUUACUUUGAUUAUGCCCUUGAUUUAAUUUUGGAUGUUGAAUCCUCUCAUGGUGACAUGUUCACAGAGGAACAGAAUGAGUUAAUUGAAUCAGCUGCAGAGAUGCUUUAUGGUCUGAUUCAUGCUCGAUAUGUUUUGACAAAUAAAGGAAUGGCUGCUAUGAUGGAGAAGUACAAAAACUACGACUUUGGCAGGUGUCCAAGAGUUUACUGCUCUGGACAACCCUGCCUUCCCGUUGGUCAGUCAGACAUUCCUAGGUCAAGUACUGUGAAGAUAUACUGUCCUAGGUGUGAAGACAUCUACUAUCCCCGGUCCAAGUAUCAAGGCAAUGUUGAUGGAGCUUAUUUUGGAACCACAUUUCCUCACCUCUUCCUGAUGACUUAUGGCCAUCUGAAGCCACCAAAACCAUCGCAGAGCUAUGUUCAAAGAGUUUUUGGUUUCAAAGUUCACAAGCCCUGAAACUGAAUGAAAUUUCAAACUUUCACCAAAAGAAUACUCUGGACAUGUCGAGUUUAACUCACUCUGCAGUGUCACAUCCCCUGAAAAGCUUAGUGGAUAAUAAGCGGGAUGGCAUCUUUAUUUUGUAUUCUCGGUAUUCUUCAGUUUUGUAGAGAUAUACAUUGGACAUGUCCUGCUGGCAGCACGUGCUUAGUUUUGAUUCAAAUCCCAUCAGCCUUAAUCCCAUAUAAGAGAGAAUCAACGAGCUUUUGUAAAAGUUGUUUAGGAGGUUAGGUAAUCGGUCCAGAUGCACAUUUAUUGAUGUUUUUUCUUCCAUGAACUUCUACUGGUGUAUUUCUAAUUGUUCUCUCAUACCAAACCUCUCUCAGUAGUUGUUUUGAUUGUGGGCUUACUAUUGCUAACAUCUGCCGCAUUUAUAGCAUUUCUUCAUUUACAUAGCA